UAUAACGUUUAAGAGUAUUAUUAGUCGUUUUUCAAUAAAUAAGUUGGGAGAGGGAGAGAGAUACAGUGGAAUAAACCUGUUUGUCUGGAUGGAUUCCGAAACCCUAAUAGUCGAUUCAGCAGCAGCAGCAGCAGCAGCAGAAACCCUAAUAGUAGAUGGAAAACCCACCCUGAUAUCCGUUGAAGAUAUCAACGGCAAAAGGAGAAGGCGUAGCAGGUGGGAGCCCACGGCGGUUGAUGAUAAUAGUACCGGGAAGAAGAGGAAGUCUCGUUGGGCAGAUGAGGAACCUGCAGGAUUUCAGUUGCCUGAUUUCAUGAAAGACUUCACUAUAGAUUCUGAUCCUGAAGUUCAAGCCUUGAAUGCACGGCUGAUGGAGAUCAGUAGGAUCUUACAAUCUGGUCAACAGUUGGAUGACCGCGUUGUCGAAAACAGGUCUCCUUCGCCUGAUCCCAUUUAUGAUAAUAUUGGCACCAGGAUUAACACACGUGAAUACAGGGCCCGAGAAAGGCUCAACAAAGAAAGGCAAGAUAUUAUUUCUCUUAUUCUCAAACGAAACCCUUCUUUUAAACCCCCUUCUGAUUACAGACCUCCUAAACUCCAUAAGAAACUCUUUAUCCCUAUGAAACAAUAUCCCGGCUAUAAUUUCAUUGGUCUUAUUAUUGGCCCUAGAGGUAACACCCAAAAACGUAUGGAAAAAGAGACCGGCGCUAAGAUUGUCAUUCGUGGCAAAGGCUCCGUCAAAGAAGGCCGCUUUGGAGGACAGAAGCUGCAACGCUCUUCUGAUUUCAAAUACGAUCCUUCCGAAAACGAAGAUUUACAUGUUCUGGUUGAAGCAGAAACCCAGGAAGGACUUGAUGCCGCUGCAGGUAUGGUUGAAAAGCUUUUGCAUCCUGUUGAUGAAGGCUUGAAUGAACAUAAGAGGCAGCAACUUCGUGAGCUUGCUGCUCUCAACGGUACUAUUAGAGAUGACGAGUAUUGUAGGCUCUGUGGUGAACCAGGGCAUCGUCAGUUUGCUUGUCCCUCUCGCAUGUCCACUUUUAAGAGUGAUGUACUUUGCAAGAUAUGUGGUGAUGGUGGACACCCGACAAUCGAUUGUCCUGUCAAAGGGACUCAUGCUGGAAAGAAAAUGGAUGACGAGUAUCAGAGUUUCUUGGCAGAACUUGGGGGAACACUACCAGAGGGUGUUACAAGAAACACCACCACCCCAUUGCCCAUCACCAUUAAUACUCGUAAUAUUGAUGAUGAUGAUAAUGCUCAUUCUCUUCCAUGGAGCUCUUUGUCUGCGCAUCCUGGUCUCGGAAGCAACGCUGCAUCAUCAAAGAUGAUGAUGAUGUCAACUGGUGCUGGAAUUAUGGGUAAAGAAAUCGAUGAUACAAAUCUAUAUAUUGGUUACCUUCCUCCGACUCUCGAGGACGAUGCCCUGAUACGAUUAUUUUCACCUUUUGGGGAAAUAGUGAUGGCAAAAGUUAUUAAAGAUAGGGUAACUGGUUUAAGUAAAGGCUAUGGCUUUGUAAAGUAUUCUGAUAUAUCUCAGGCGAAUCAGGCCAUUGCAAGCAUGAACGGUUAUCGUAUUGAUGGAAGAGUAAUUGCAGUUAGAGUUGCUGGAAAGCCACCCCCACCAACCUUACCCCCUGGUGCACCUGCCUCUACUAAUUAUCCUGGUGGAUAUCCAUCUCAGAUGGCACCUCCUCCUCCUCCUCCUCCUCAUCCGGUCAGUUAUGCUCCUCCUUGGGGACCACCACCGCCUUAUGCUUCUCGUCCCUCUCCUGGGUAUAUGUCGUCAUCCUACCCAGGUACAGGUCAACAUUAUGGUGUUCAAUACCCUCCUCCUCCUCCCCCGCCGCAUCAUAACAACAGCAUGACAUCGACAACUACUGAUCCCCAUCCUCCUGGUGGAUUGCAUUCUCAAAAUACAAAAUCCCCAUCCAUGUCUGGGACAAUAACAAACAAUCAAACUGUAUAUCCUUCAGCCUACUCUUCUUAUUACAGUUUACCUUCACCACUUGCUUCUCAUUCGCUAGUGGUUGACCAGCAAAACUUUCAAAGCACCCCUUGGUCUUCAAAUCCACCUGCAGACCAAACUACUACUUAUUCCACAGACCCUGAGUAUGACAAGUUUAUGGCCGAGAUGAGAUGAAGCUAUCCAGUGUCACUUCAACCACUGUAAGGGGAGCUCUUUUCCUUUCGUUCGUCUUGUUGGAAGUUUCAGACUCACAUCUUUUCUCUUGCUGUUCUGUUGUAACAAUUGCAGAAAGUUAUUAACUAACGUUACUCACAAAAUCCAGAGAGCUAUCCAGAAUGUUUUGGUAUUACAAUUUGCAAGCUAGUAUUGGCGUGAUGAAUUGCUGUGUUCUUCCUCGCCGGAAUCCUUGUGCUAAUAAGUUUGACAUUGGCUUUAUAUGAACUUUUUACAGCAACUUUUCUGCUAACGCUUUAUCUUUUUUUUUUUUUUUUUUU